UGUGCCGGGCCUUGAGUUUGACACCUGUGCUCUAUGACAAUUUGCAUAGCCCUCUUUGGGAACCUAAGAUGGAGAAGCUUUGGAGCAAACCUGGAAAAAAUAAAAUCCCUAAACUUUCACCAUUUGAGGACGGGAACGAUACACUGGAGUCACGAGAGAAUGGAAUGGUGGUUUUGAAAACAAAAGGUGUAAAAUGCCCUCAUUUGCCUUGUCUCUCUCUUGGCCAGUUUGAGAUCUCGGACCCUUGCAGAGAAAGGAAAUCCUCUUCUGCGCAGCUGGAUAUCGUCGUCCAUGUCGGCCGCGUCUACGCACGUUUGCUGCCUGACCGGACUCCUGGUUACAGAUCUGAUUUUGCUCCUCUGUGUCGUCGUUGGCAUCUUUAAGAUCAACUGGAAGCUGGACCAGGUCCAGAACCAAGUGGCCUCCAACGGCGAUUUCGUGCAACACAUCAGUUUUUUCCUGAGUGAGCGCCAGCGUUUCCUGUGUGCACACGAGGGCUUCGUGCGGCAGUACAAGCAGUUCGAGCCCGCGCUGAAAUUGCCGGAGAACAUGCAAGACGAGCCGCAGAAACGGCUGCCGGUGGAGCGGCGGAUGGACGCCAGUCUGAACGCCAUGCAGAUCUUCUUAAAAGCUCAUCUUUUGGAGUUAACGCAACAAGAGCGGCGGUUGGACGCCAUUCUCCGCGCCAUACUACUCGAGCAGCAGCAGGUAAUCGCCACCCUCAAGUCUGACGAAGAACACACCCAAACAGUGUUGAGUCAACGUCUGACGGCCGCAGAAAAAAACACUGGGAGAAAAACUCGGGUCUCUGAAGAGCAAGACAUUGAAGGGCUCCAAGAGAAUUCUGUGGAACUGAGCAGCAGUCUGAGCGCCCUGCUUCUCCGCACGGAAAACACCCAGGAUGAAAUAGGUCACCUGCGUCAGGAUUACGACAGCGCGGGUGAGUGCGUGUUCACCUGCAGGGGCUUGUUCGAUGCAGUCGAUGCGGUGCUGGGGGCGCAAGGUCAACUCGGACAGCAGAUGACGCAAAUAUCGUCCGACACGACCAAGCAAGGCGACCAUCUCAGCAGCCUCAACGACACUUCGGAUGAAUCCAAACAACAGCCGUGUGACUGCUGCGACGACGGUUGGGAGCCCCACUCUAUAAAUUGCUACAAAUUGGUUACUAUCCCGUUACCGAUGUCGAAAGCUAAGGAGAAGUGCGAGGCCCAGGGUGCCCAACUCCCCCAAGUCGAAGACCGAGCCGAGCAGAAGUUCAUCUCGCGAUUCAUUUACCUUGCAAAACUAAAAACCGAAGAACUUGAAAAGGAUUUGGACGACCGCCUGAAAACGAAAGGUAUUUCCGCUUGGAUCGGCUUAGGCGACGACAAGAACGAAGGACAAUUCAAAUGGCUUGACGGCCAAAAUUUGACCGAGCCCAUUUUUUGGAGGAUCGGGGAACCCAAUAACUUCAAGAACAGAUACGGCAAGGAUCAAGACUGCGUGGUUAUUUUGCCCCCGGACGAUAUGGUAACGGACGAGUUUGAGAAAUGGAAGGACACACAGUUUAACACGUGGGACGACCUCGCUUGCAAAAACAGACGAUACUAUCUGUGCAAGAAGAUAAGGGCAAUAGAUACCUAAACUUCUGGAACUCAAAUUAUCCCCGCCCAUUGGAAAUGAAUGGAAAUCAAUUCAGUCUGUACUGAGCCCUCCUAAAACCUCCGUUUUAGUUCAAGUUAAAGUAUCAAUGAUUGUCACACACACACACUAGGUGUGGUGAAAUUUGUCCUCUGCAUUUGACCCAUCCCCUUGUUCACCCCCUGAGCUCAUACUCCCAACAAGCUCCUUCAGCUUCGUUCCUACAGUGUUGGAUUCAAGAACUCCUUCAUUCCGCACUCCAUCCAGCUGUAUAAUCACUCGCCAUACAGCAAUAGAUGUUAUCUGUCUAUUACCUGACACCUGACAUGUUAGCUACCUCUCUUUGUUUAUAUUAUAUAUUUUCUGCUGGAUCUACUGUCUAUUUUAUACUGCCCUUUAUUUUUAUUUGCUGCAGCUGUUACAUAUACAUACCUGCCAACUACUCCGGUUUUCCCGUAAUUAGUACGGUUUUCAUCAACCUAUUCCGGGUUACGGUUGCAGUGAUAAAAAAUACGGUUUUUCAUUAAUUAAAAAAAAAGAUUUUUUAAAAAGUUUUAUUCACGAAAUCGCGUAACAACAGUGACAAUCGACACUGCUUCCCGUAACUUCCUAUCGAGUCAUUCCGAAUGCCAUGCGCGAGGCUAUUUAUAGCACCGCUGCCAAGCACGAGGCACCAGUUGCCAUUGUUUCCAAACGAGCGAACGAUCAUGGAA